GCUAGGAAAAGAGGGAGGAGACUGCGGCGGCUGCAGCAGCUAGUGGGAGUCCGAUGUGGCAGGGGGGCCGCUGCCGGCUACAGGGAGGUGGAGGGCUCAGGAUCCAAGCACUGGAGACGCCACCACGGUCCUCUUUGCCGGCCCUGCCGCCCUCCUAGACACACUCCUCGCCUACAGAUCGUCCUCUCCCAGCUCCUGAAACCACCCGGCUGGACGCCUGCUGAUCUUCCUUCGCCACAGGGUCACUGCGGAGGCAGCGACGAGGUGUCCGAUUUGGGCACGUGAGGCCAGCGAUCCGGGACGGCAUGAAGACCCCAUUUGGAAAGGCGGCUGCAGGGCAGCGGUCCAGAACAGGCGCAGGACACGGCAGUGUGUCUGUUACCGUGAUGAAGAGAAAGACUGCGCACAAGAAACAUAGGAGCAGACCCACCUCCCAACCUCGGAGAAACAUAGUGGGCUGCAGAAUUCAGCACGGAUGGAAAGAUGGAGAUGAACCUCUUACACAGUGGAAGGGAACCGUUCUGGAUCAGGUACCUGUAAAUCCCUCUCUGUAUCUUAUCAAAUAUGAUGGAUUUGACUGUGUUUAUGGAUUAGAACUGCACAGAGAUGAAAGAGUAUCAUCACUUGAAGUCCUUCCUAAUAGAGUUGCAUCAUCUAGAAUCAGUGAUACACAUUUAGCAGAAAUCAUGAUUGGCAAAGCAGUGGAACAUAUUUUUGAGACAGAGGAAGGUUCCAAAAAUGAAUGGAGGGGGAUGGUCUUAGCUCAGGCACCUGUCAUGAACACAUGGUUUUACAUUACCUAUGAGAAAGAUCCUGUAUUAUAUAUGUACCAGCUCUUAGAUGAUUAUAAAGACGGUGACCUCCGCAUCCUUCAAGAUUCUAAUGAUUCUCCUGCCACAGAGAGGGAGCCAGGAGAAGUCGUAGACAGCCUAGUAGGCAAACAGGUGGAAUAUGCCAAAGAUGAUGGCUCCAAGAGAACUGGCAUGGUCAUUCAUCAGGUAGAAGCCAAACCCUCUGUGUACUUCAUCAAAUUUGAUGAUGAUUUCCAUAUUUAUGUCUACGAUUUGGUAAAAACAUCUUAGAAGUCAUCUUGAAACUUGCCAAACAUAUAAGACUGUAAAAUCUGUAGACACAAAAAGUCUUGAUUGCUUUCCAGUUUGUAAAAACCAUCUUCUCCCUUUUUGCACGUUUUUGCCUGGCAAAAAAAAAAAAAAUGGGAACUUCCGCCCUCUCAGAUGUUUUUGAAAGAAACCUUUUGCCCUUCUCUCCAACCUUUUCACUGGUUCUGGUUCCUCUCCACAGGAGAAUGAUUGAAUUCACUGAUUAGUGAGAAGGGUAAAGUCUGACAUCCAUUGGCCCAUACUUUUAUCUUGGGUGGUGUUAAUAGGUUCAACGUAGCUGAACAGCUCUCACCUCACUCUUUUUGGCACUUGGACUCAUUGAGCUGUGAAGCUUCCUGAGAUAUCCCACGUGACUGGCUGGGUAAAUGUCUUUGCAAUCUCAAAUCCCGCCCCCCCCCAAGGUGGCUUCUAAAGUCUAACUUGGGGAGGAGCAUAAAUCCUAUUUUGGUCUCCUGUUCAAGUUGCAUUCUCAAUUAUAACUAUAACUGUACUAAAAGUAAGGCUGAUAUUUUGCUCCCUUUCUGAGUCUUGCACCUAUUGCUCAACUGGUUCAGAAAUAAGAGGAUAAUUACUUUGCAUUUUAGUACAUAAGCAUCGUCUGAGAAAUCUUACAAAACUGGUAAGAAGACAAACAUUUAGGGACCAAACUCCAAGUGGAGUGAUCAAGAUUUCUGGUGGAGCUUAAUGGAAGGUUUUGGUCAUCAAUGACAUUAGUGUCUCUCUUUGCAAUAGUUAUGGCUGGUAUCUGCAGACAUGGAGUGAGUUUUAACAGAUGCAGGCUGUGCAGGGAGACUUUAGCAUAAGUGGGCUUUGCCAGCUAGUAGAACAUUAAGCCAGGCUCUACUUGGAGUCCUCAGUCACAGUGCAAAAGCUAGGUUUAGCAACAGUUGACAAGUUUAUGCAGAACCUCAAAAUGGAAGAAAAGAACUCUGGAAUCAGAAUGAGAUAUAUACUUCUUUCCUGUACCAAGAGAGACUUUUUCAGAAGUUUUAGAUUAGGUUUUAGAUUUGAUUCUUAGAAGACUUCAGAAUUCCAGAAUAUGAGGUGGGCAAGGCACUUGCUAGAAAUAGGAAAGGCUGAAAAUAGAUUUUGCUUCCUUGCAGGAACAGGUGCACUCAUCUAUUAUGGUGUCCCAGCAGGACUGUGGAACACAAUUAGUGUUAGAUAACCUAUAGUCUUAAUGAUGUUUUCAGUGCUGGCAUUGGUAGAUAGAAAUCUAAUAGAUUUUUGUUAGCGUUUUCAUUUUCAACUCAAUUUUGAUUCUUGGAUGGUCCUGAGAAACUCAUGUGCAGUUAAGGGUAAGCCCUACUGUGUCAGAAAAGAAGCAAUGGAAGGGGCCUUGUACAUUCCAUUAUUAAAGGCCUUAGUGAAGGUUAAGCAAAGCCUAGGAAAGAAACAUUGAAAAGUAAGCAAGGUUUUGGAGAGAAACACCUCGCCAAAGCCAAUGCCUUCUCAUUGGGGUUCUGACAGAAGUUCCAUUAGCAGUAACAGGCUAACAAGGCCUUGGACUUCUGCACAUUUGGGGCUGGGACUCAUGGCAGUGCAAUCAACCACUUGGGAGACAUCUUCCAAAUUAGUUUAAGUUCACAGGUCAUGGAGUGGAGACAGACUGGCAUCCUGCUGAGGAUGAAACCAAGAAGAUAUUCUCUUUUCUCCCAUGUUUUCUCUGUCUACUUUCCUUCUUUUUGAUGCCACUAAGUCUCUGCUGUGAUAUUUGACUGACAACAGCAAUGUGGGUCUGUAUUGCCCUAUGUACUAAGUCCUGGGGGCAUAAAUUUGCUUGGGAAAACUGUUCUGGUGGCUGGAAAUUAGUGUACUUUUUAAUUUUUUGGAUGUGAGGCUGAUACUGUGAUAAUCUUAUGUCUUAUUGACCCUUUGGACUCUUAAAAAAUGUAUAACAUGCAAUUGUGGGGUUAGAUUAAUUCAGCUCCUGAGGUCCUGAAGGAACUACACCCAAUCAAGAGGAAGACAGCCAGGCUGCAGCUGCUGAAGGAACCCUAUAUCUUCUCAGACAUCUUUAUGAAAUCUGUAUGGCUGAAAUAAGAAAAACAAGAAAUUGGGAAAGGCAGAAUUUUGGACUGUAAUUCUUUGGACUUUAAAUUAGAAAUUUAAUUUGGGGCAUUUAUUUUUCCCUUGGAGUUUAAUAUUUGGUGGGGAGUGGGGUCAUAUAGUUCAAAUUAAGGAAGUUUCAUUAUGUUUCUGACAUUGUAUUCUUUGGAGUAUUUUAAUGGUGUCUUUGGGGGUCAUUAUAUAAUUAUUAUAAGCUAUGUCAGGUAAUAUUGCUGGGCAUAAUUGUAAAUUGGGGAUAAAAUAGUGAGUGAAUUUUCAGCCUAGGGUAUAAGAUAACCUUGGAGUUCAUUUAAUUACUGCCAAAUUUGGGCUCAUUUCAGAGCCUUUUGGGGGCAAAAGCAAAACUGCUCACCAAUCUUGCACAGAUGGCAGCAGAACUUUCCUAGGACACUGCUUGUCCCCCCCCCAGAAGGGGACAGCCACAGCCCUCUUUGUUGACUAGAGUCUUGAGUGUUAACCACUGUGGCUUAAGAGAACAAAAUUGCCCAAGAGUGUGAUGGGAUCUAUCUUCUGCUUUUCUCCAUGUUCCUGAUUCAAGAAGAAAAAAAAAAGACUUGCAUCUCUCAAAAAUAUUUGGAAGAAAGUUUCUACCCAUCUUUUCUUGCCACUCAUUCAAUCUUAUGUGUGGGAUGAGGAAUAGUUUGAUGAGAUUGAGAAAAGGGUUACAAUGAAUAGGCAAGCUAGGCUCUUUUUGACUCUUGACCUCACUCCACACAGCAAGAUGUGGAAAAGACUGCAGUCCUUCACUACAUGGCUGGGUGAACAUCUGCUCUAUAGACAUAAUUCUCCCAUUGGGGUGGGGGAUCCCAAAGUCCUUAGACUUGAGGUAGAAAUUCAUUUCAGCCUCAGGUCCAAGCCAUGUUCUCCAAUCCAGUGCUAUCUAUUAGCUAUAAAGCUAGUGUCUAUUUUUAUUCUUUUUUAAUUUUAAUAUAUAAAUUGCUUUUUAAGAAAAAUAACACAUGCCUAUGGUAAAAUUCAAACAGUACAAAGGGUAUACAAUAAAAAGUAAGUCUCUUUUCCUCCUUCCCAUCCCUGGCCUCGGUUCCCCAGUCCUACUUUCCAAAGGUAACCACUGUUACCAGUUACUUAUGUAUCCUUCCAGAGAUACUCCAUGUAUUUACAAGCAUAUUGUGUAUGGGUAUGUGUGUAUAUUGGGUUUUUUUUUAUACAAGUGGUGGCAUACUAUAUAUGCUGUUCUGAAUUUUGCUUUUUUCACUUAACAGUAUAUUAAAGCUGAUAUUUUAAUCCCUA